GUGAUCGGAGGUGCGUAGCUUGCGCAAUGUCGUUAGGCAUGGAAGUCAAGGCCAUCGGCCAAGAAACCAACGCCUUAAUCAUGAUGAUCGAGGACGGCAACGAUGACGAGGUGCUCACCAGCAACGACGGAGGCAGGGACAGUCACGGAGAGAUGAUCGUCACCGACGACGACGACGAGCUGUUCGAGCUCGACAUCACCCUCCUGCGCGGCGUCGACAACGAAGACGUCCAAGACCGACACGAUUGCCACAGCGCUGGUGAUGGCGCCCAUGCCCUGAUGGCCAACUGCCUGCUGCCAGUGAGCUCGGUCAGCACGGCGGUGCCGGUCACGGACAGCAACAUCAUCUCGUCCUACUACGCCUUCUCCACGUACAGCAGCUCGAGGAAGUUCGGCAUCAGCGGCGGUGGCAGGAGGAGGCUUGGGCGAGCAGCGGCUGACGGCCGCAGUUCCACUUGGGCGAGGUUUCGCCUCUCGAGCAGGGGAUUCGCAACCGUCGGGAAUUUUCAGAGAUAGCAGCUCCGUGUAUACGAAGGAAACGUCAGAUGUAAAUGUGAAAUAGCACGGACCAAGUUAAGUGUUACAUAAAAACUAGAUAAACGAGAUACGGAAGACACAGAUUUUUACGUGGAAACCCUGCGGAAAAAAAUCAUUAACACACGAAGGCGCAAUUACUAUGAGGGUGGAGUAUUACAAGCACGAGACGACAGAAAGUCUUUAGGUGUGACUACAUGGAGUAUAUAUU